GCCUGCAUUUUUUUCAGUUCCUUUUAGAGUCCAUAUUUUUGUCAACUUAACUGAAGAAUAGCACACCGCAUGUCAUCAUUCUCUAGAAUCUGACAGCUUGAAUCAGCCAGAAAGCCGCUUUAUCAGCCAAAACCUCAGAAGUAUGGACAAAGAGACAAGGAUGAUGAUAUUCUGUCUGCUUUUGGCAGCUAUUAGCAGCCCAGUGUCUACUGGAGAGUGGAAGGCCAAUGUGGUAAAAGAACUUGACGUCCUGGUCACAUCCUGUGUUGUGGUACCCUGUUCAUUCACCCAUCCUAAAGAAAACCUGCCCACCUCCAGACUCAGAGGGAUGUGGCAUCGUUCAACUCAUCGAGAUCAAUUCAUCUAUCAUGAUGAUAACACGCGGAUCUCGGAAAACUUUAGGGGCAGAACACGGUUAUUGGGACACCUGGGUCAGGACAACUGCACCUUAGAAAUUACUGACAUGAAAAAUCAUGACAACGGCCCUUUCUGUUUCCGGAUUGAACUAGCACGAACAGCGACCGAUUUGUCCACCGUUGACAAGUUCUCCUUUGUGGAGGACUGUGUCACGUUCAACAUGCUCCCUGAUCCUCCAAAACCUGAACUGACUCACGCACAGACAGCCAUUCAAGGACGUCCCUUCACUGUCACCUGCUCCGUCAUCCAUACCUGCCCCUCCCAUGUGCCUAAACUCACAUGGAGUAUGGUCACUACAGAUGUUGUGGUCACUGAAGUCCACAAAAAAAAUCUUUUUGGCUACUGGGAGGCCCAGUCCAUCCUGACGAUCACUCCUGAGGAGAAGAACGACCACACCGAGGUCACCUGCACAGCAAAAUAUAAUGGAGGGAGCAUGUCCUCUACAAAGUUUACUCUCUAUGUAAAACGUACAGAAAACUAUAACCAUAUCAUCAUUCCAACAGUGGUGGCGAUUGGUACAGCUGUGAUCUUUGCAGUCUUCUGCAUUCUAAUGGUGAAGAAAUAUAAGAGACGCAUUGCAGAGCUCCAAAGAGGGGAUGGCAGCAUGUGGAACCGGCUGUCCAGGAUGUCUCGCAGGAUCCGUUCUGAUGUCUCAGGACCAUCUCGUUCUGAUCAAAGAGUCCCCAAGGCUCGUUUCCCGUCCCCCAAAAGCCAGCCAAAAUCCUGCAAUUACAGAGAGGACCUUGAUGACGGGGACGAUUACAUUAACACUGAGGACCUCAACAUCUAUGGAAACAUGUGACAAAAAACACACAAAAAAUCUAAUCAUGCUCAUAAUGUUCAUUUGUAUCAAGCGCAUCUGAUGACUGCAGUUGUUAUAAACGACUUCUGUGUUAUUCUCUGUUAUCAAGCAAACUAUAUUUGAUUCUUUGAUAAUUUGAUCAAUUAUUUUGAGAAAUUAACAGCUUUUGCAUAUUGUUAAAAUAUCUGUCUCCAUUUUACAAUUUAUUGUCUCCAUUACACUCAAAAUCAUUCUUUAAGCUGAGAUCAUCAUUUUUUUCAUGAAUGUGGAAUGUUUUUCUUGACGACAAAGUGUACCUUCUUCUGAUUUUUUAAACCAUAUUUCCACAAAUUAACAUUGACUGACCUAACUUUAGAACAUUUAAACUGUUUAACUGCUUUAGAAACAAGAAAUUAUCUCAGCAUGUUGAAAAAUGCUUUCUGGGUCUAGAAAUGUGUCUUCAUUUAAAAUAGUUUUCAGGUUUUGUUUUCAUUUCUUUCUAUGGUAAACCAUGUAUCUGAUUUGGUAAUCUGUAUGUAUUUUUUGCAACCUUUUUGUUAUUGCUACCUAUUUGCCUGUUGUGUUUUUAUAAAAAAAGAUUUCCCUGCUGUAUUUGAAAAUAAAUACGCCAAAGAUUGAAUAUGCCUUUUUUUUUCUAGUUCAUGCACAUGUCGUAGCAGAAACACACUUUUAUUGAGU